AUGGCCGCUCCCGGUGCGCCCGCCGGCACCUUCUCUCCCGGAACCAAGAUUCAGGUGGGCGGCCACCGUGUCGUCAUCCAGAAGUACCUUUCGGAGGGCGGGUUCGCACACGUGUACCUGGUCAAACUUCCGUCGCCGGUCAAUGGGACGGACCAGGCGGUCUUGAAGCGGGUGGCCGUCCCGGACAAGGAGUCGCUGCGGGGGAUGCGCACCGAGGUCGAGACCAUGAAGCGGCUGAAGGGCCACCGCGCCAUCGUCACCUACAUCGACUCGCACGCCUCGGAACUGCGCGGCGGCGGCUACGAGGUGUUCCUGCUGAUGGAGUACUGCAACGGCGGCGGGCUCAUUGACUUCAUGAACACGCGCCUGCAGCACCGCCUGACCGAGCCCGAAAUUCUCGGCAUCUUCGCCGACGUCGCCGAGGGCGUGGCGUGCAUGCACUACCUGCGCCCGCCCUUGCUGCACCGCGACCUGAAAGUCGAGAAUGUGCUGAUCACCGUCGUCGGGUCCACCAGGAAGUUCAAGCUCUGCGACUUUGGCUCGGCCGCGCCGCCACGCCCCGCACCCACAACCGCCGCCGAAUGCCGUCUGAUGGACGAGGACGUGCAGAAGCAUACCACGAUGCAAUACAGGAGCCCCGAGAUGGUCGACGUGUACCGGAAACAGCCCAUCGAUGAGAAGUCCGACAUCUGGGCGCUUGGUGUCUUGCUGUACAAGCUGUGCUACUACACGACCCCGUUCGAGGAACAGGGCCAGUUGGCCAUUCUCAAUGCCAGCUACAGGUUCCCCAGCUACCCCGUCUUUUCCGACAGGCUAAAGGGGCUCAUUGCAUGGAUGCUGCGCGAGAGUCCGCAGGCUAGGCCCAACAUCUAUCAGGUGCUGCGGGAGACUUGCGCCAUGCAAGGCAGGGAGCCUCCUGUGAAAGACAUCUACUCCGGAACCUCGCGGGCAGAUCCUCCACGACGUGAUCAGGCCCCGCCAGACUCAUAUCCUAAGUCGCCGCCGACCGUUGGAGCUGUCUUCUCCCGGCAAGCGACCCAGCAGCAGCCGGUGAUUCCUGAGAUCGAGCGCAUGCGGCGAGGAAGGGUGCCUGCGUCCCAGCCUGCCCCUCCGUCGAAGCUCAGUCCAUCUCCUGGCAAAGUAACGAAUGGUGACCCCUUUGCUGCUCUCGACGCGAGACCCACGCUUCCGAGCGCAGAUGAGCUGUCAUCCAGGUUUCCCACCCUUGACCAAUUCUCGCUGCUUCAUGACAAGGGCCAGAAGUUCGACUUCGACAGCGGCCUCCCCGCCUCCACGCAGCAGCCGAAGGACCUGUCCCAAAGAGUUGCUGAGCGGUUAGCGGACGAGGCAUUCCAAGUGAAGCCGUCUCCCAGUCCUGUGCCUACUACACAGCCCAGCCAGAGGCAGUCCAUGGACUUCAGCAGAGCGAAUGCGUUCAGAACCACGCCUUCAGGCACAGCCGUCGUGUCUCCCCCUCCCUCGUCCGCUCCCGCGCCGCCCAAACAACCCGAGAUGAGUCGCGCGUCUGCCAUCAUCUCGAGCACGCCUGAGCUCCAGGCGAUCUCGUCGCAGGCUUCGCAAUCGCCUCCAAAGCCGGUUAUGGUCUCAACCGGGACAAUGACCUCCCCGACGCUAGACCCAUCAUCUCAGCCUCCUCCGAUUCAUCGCUUCCCAUCUCACGAGCGCCACCGAGCGGCCAGCGUUCCCAGGUCGCCUGCAACAGGGCAAAGUCCGCCGCUGCUUAGCGAAGGAGCGGCUGGGUCUCGGGCCGGCGUCCGGACGGCCUCGUACCAAGGCGUCCCUCAAUCCCAACACACGCGUUAUCCUUCGUCUUCAAGACCAUCCUUGGAAGGUGGACGGCCGAGCAUGGAGCAGGUGGAUUCGACGGGGUCGAGACAGCGACUCGCUACAAGGCCGAGGCCGAUCAGCACACAUCUGGAAUCUAAUCUCGACUUCCUGCGAGAGCAGGAACUGAGAUCGAAGUCUCCAGCCUUGCCGUCUCCAAGACAUUCCAUGGAAAAGAGUCUCCCGCCCAGUCCAGAUGAGGACAAGAACAUUGAAUGCAACGUCGAGUUCCUCCGGUCGAUGGAGGAUUCGGAUCCGAAGAAGAAGGACAGGGCCUCAAAACACCUCAAACGAGGCAGUCUCUCGUCUCUUGGCGCUGGCACCAAGAGCAUCCUGGCCGGCAAAUUCGGCGACGCAUUCAAACGAUUUGAAGGAAACUCGAGCGGCCCCCCUCCGGCACGCACACCAUCACCUCUCAAGGACCUCGAACGGCACGAGCUGACACCCAUCGCCGGUUCCGAAGCAAUCGACGGCCGCAGCGACGAUGGCCAGGCGGAAGACUGGGAGACCAUGACGCCCGAGAUGCGCCGCGAGCAAGAGGCUCGUAUGCUUGCGCAGGAAGAAGCCCGUGUGGCGGCUGCGCAAGCCGAGUACCGGCAGCGUGUGGAGCAGCGGGGUGGUCCUCCAGUGCCGCCCAAGAGCAUCGGCGGCGUAUCGCGCGUUGCGUCGAUCCAAAACAAAGUCCAAAGCCUGAUCGAUGAGAGCAAUCGCACCUCGACGACCGUCACCCGCACGGCGCAGGGGUACGGGCAUUACUCGGACGCCGCACACACGGCGAUUGCGGGGACUAAGCCAGGGGGCACGGAUGGAAAGCCCGCGGUGCCGCGGAAACCUCUUGGUGCGAGCGCGCAACAGAUCACAGGUGGGCAGCAGCAGCAGCAGCAGCGCCCGCCCACGUCAGGAAACUCGUCGUCCUCGAUCGAACCAUCCGCUACAGGCCGAACUGCCGUUUCUACUUCGACUGUGACAGUGGCAGGAGGAGGAGGAGGAGGAGGAGGACGGCCUAUGGCGCCGCCCAAACCGAUGCACCUCAACAACAAGACCCCGCAGCCCAUCACCAGCAACACCAACAACAUCGGUGCUGCAGGGGGCGGCCCCGUACGGGCGCCCUCCCCGACGAAGCAAGUCCCUCUCGUCAAUACUAGCAGGGGCGGCAUGAUCUCGUCGCCCAAGCUACGCGGCGGGGGCGGACCUGGAUCAUCGUCCGUCCUUAGCAGCAGUGGUGGUGCUACCGAGGCUCUGCUGGCGGUAGACUUGCCCGGCGGCGGGGGCUCGGCACUCCUGGACAUGACGGCCGCAGAGAAGGAUGAUUAUAUCCGCGACUUCCAGAAGCGAUUCCCUAGUCUGGGCGCUAUCGAGAUGGUCGAGAGGGACUUGGCUGCUGAGGAGGCGGCGGGCGGUGUGGGAGGCGUGCGGACGGGGAGGUGA